GUUGCUCUCAGUGGAUUGCUGUUUAAGCAUUUUACUAAUAAUCCUUGGGGACGAAACGGAAAUCUUCAACCCUUUAUUAUCAUCGUUUUGAGUUGUAAUGUGUAAGGGGAAGGCAUGUAUGGGAACGGCAUACGUUUUCUUUGCUGUAUCCCUCUUACUGUUUACUGGCUGUGUAGUAUUUCACUUUUAUGUUGACCAGGUGUUCAUUACAAUAAUCAACAAUUUUUUGUUGCUCACUCCUGGUAGCGAAGUCUUCGAAGCUUAUUCUCGUGACAAUAAUUCGAUAAUCACACGCCUUUACCUUUUCAAUUUACUAAACGAAGAGGAAGUUCUUAAAGGUGGUAAACCGUUAUUCGAGGAAGUCGGACCAUAUGUUUACUGGAAAAGAAUGACUAAAUGGAACUUUUCGUUCUCCAACGAAUCACCUCCAAAAUAUCUUCGUCAUAAAAAGAAAUCGAAUUAUUACCCACAUGAAAACCUGUCAAGCUCCGAUAUUUACAGCCGUCAAAUAACUUCACUUGAUCUUUUUGCUGGAGGGUUAAUAUUACAGGACAGAAAAUUCUACAUGGAGAGUUAUUACAGAACAACCAAACCCUUCAUCACAGCAACACCAAACGAAAUAAUAUGGGGUUAUACACAUAGCAACAUAAAAUCAUGCCACACGUUCGGCCAAUGCCCAGAAAAAAUAUCCGUAUUUUCGAGAGAGAAUGGCAGUAGCAUUGAAGAAUUUUUACUCAAAACAGGUGUUGACGGUAUGAAUGAAAGAGGGAAUGUUGUAGAAUUCAAUGGGCGAAAAGAACUAAACCAAUGGAAUAGCAAAUAUGCAAAUAUGAUUAAUGGAAGUGAAGGGGCAUUCAUGGGCUUCGAUCUUAGUGUUGGUGUGCGAAGGCAUAUUUUUGUUCCAGGUAUUUGUCGCUCAGUAGUAAUGGAAGCAACAAAACUAGUGCCACAUCCUAAAUUUUCAAAAUUACAGGUUUUAACAUUUGAGCCAGCAGAAGUUGAAGAGAACUCCAAUAUUUACCCAUCUGUUUCGGAGUUUUGUCAGGGCCAAAAUUACGAACCAAAGUGUGCACCAGAAGGUUUUGUAUCUUUGUCUCCAUGUUUAAAAAAUGACAACCAUUUGCCUUUAUACGGUUCACCUGGUCAUUUUGGUGGCGCUGAUCCUAAAAUUAGAAAUCAGUUUAAUGGCAUAAGUGAGCAAGAUGAAGUUGAUGACAAAACUGUUUUGUAUGUCGAGCCCUUGACUGGACUCACUCUGGGAGCUCAUCAGUCCUUGCAGAUCAGUUUUUACAUAGACAAUGAAAAGAACCCGAGUAUGCCGUUCCGAUUGAUGAGGGGUCCUUACUUCUUCCCUAUUAUCAAUAUUGUUAAUGAAGUCUAUCCACCAACGGAAACAUUAAACACAUUAUAUCAAAUGGUUCAAAUAAGUAAAUACUGGUUUAAUUGGGCGGUAUAUAUACUUGGUGGAAUCUGUCUGCUAGUAAUUCUUUUUACAACUAUGACAAUCAUUCGAAUAGCUCGUCACAGAAAUCGUAUGGGAUAAUAAUUUUCUAUGCACUGAACUGUUUAAAUGAAUAGCAGUGACAUUCAGAAAUGUAAACGACGACUAAUAAUGUGAAUUUAUCUCCG